AUGGCUGGGGUCACCCAGCGACCCUCUGAGGACCUUCCAUCUUUCAUAGUUAGGGUGGAACAGAGCAUACAGAGAAAGUUUCCCCCAGGUCAUCUCCGGGACCAGUUUGUAAAAAUGCUAGUGUGGGACGGCAUGACUGCAGACCACAAGCUUGCCUGUGCCAGGCUCAAAGAUCGUUCUAUGGAAAAGGGGGUCAUUGCCAGUAGAGACGUGCCAGACCCCAUUAACCUUUUUACAAACAGCUUAUAUGCGGCCAAUCUUCUCCCUGGGCUUCUGGGAGCCCACAUUCGCUUAGAUUGUAAUCCCAUUUCCUCCCUCAUGAUACAAGUAAGGAAUACCUUACAAGGCCGCAAUAACCCUAUUUUUGUCCAACACCUUCGGCAUCAAGGGAUGCCAGGAUUUCUCGCCACUGGAAAUGCCCAGGCAGACACUCUUGCCUCUCAGGGCCCUAAAAUAUAUACAAUUGAUAGUGCCAACCAACUGCACACUUUAACUCGUGUUUAUAAAGCCGAAGUGUCCUGCACUGCACCUACCGCUAUUACAAAGACGAUGUCUGGUUCUGAGCCCAUAGUGAGUGGAAACCAGUCCCUCUGCACCAAAUUCACAUUUAUAGCUUUUUCCUCUCUGGCAGAGUUACAACUUGUACUCUUCAUUGUGUUCCUAAUCAUCUACCUAUUUACUGUAGGAGGAAACCUUAUCAUCGUCUGUCUGAUCUGGGUCACCCCUUCCCUGCACACUCCCAUGUAUUUCUUCCUGGCAAACCUCUCCUUUUUGGAGACGUGCUAUAUCAGCAGUGUGGUGCCCCAGAUGAUGGUGCACCUGCUGUUGGAGAUCAAGACCAUAAGUGUGGGAGGCUGUGCAGCCCAGAUGUACAUAUUUACCAUCUUGGGACUGACAGAGUGCUGCCUGUUAGCAGCCAUGGCUUAUGACCGCUUUGUAGCUAUUUGUUACCCACUGCAUUAUACUCUCCUGAUGGGCCCUCGGGUGUGUUUGAAAUUGGCUGCAGCAUCUUGGAUCACCGGGGUGGUAGUGGAGUCAGCCCAGACCACUUGGAUCUUCACUCUGCCUUUCUGUGGAACAGGGAAAAUUCAGCAUUUUUUUUGUGAUAUUAUCCCUGUAGUGAAACUGGCUUGUGUUGAUACCUCCCGCAAUGAGGUUGUGUUGUUUGCUGUCUCCAUGCUCUUCAUUAUGGGUCCCUGUCUCCUCAUUCUGUGCUCCUAUAUGCACAUUCUAGUGACCAUCCUGAGAAUCCCUUCAGCAGCCGGCAAGCAGAAAGCUUUCUCCACUUGCUCUUCUCAUAUCCUGGUUGUUUCUCUGUUCUAUGGCACUGCCUUGUUUACUUAUCUCCAACCUAAGACUGUACACACUCCAGAAACAGACAAAGCAACGGCACUCAUGUACACAGUGGUCACACCUGCUCUGAAUCCUGUUAUCUAUACCUUGAGGAACAAGGAAGUGAAGGAAGCCUUUCAGAGGGUAACACAAAAGAACGCUGUUAGUCAAAUUGCUUAA